CUCCAUUCCCGACCACUAUGGCUGCUGAUCCGCUUGAGCUUGCCGAGCUGCUGCGGUACCCGAGCUCGUCGUCUGGUGAGCACCGCGCUUCGCUGUUUAUUGUCCACGGACUGGGCGACUCCGCCCGCGGGUGGGCGCCUCCUGGGCGACAGCUUGCGGCGGCCUUUCCGGGCCUGCACGUCAUCCUUCCCACGGCACCGAACCAGCCGGUGACCAUCAACGGUGGUGCUCGCUGUCCGUCAUGGUACGACAUCUACGGUCUCGGAGCUGACGACAAGAUCGACAUCGAAGGCCUCGAUGCUGCUGCCGCCGCCAUCGUCCCGCUCAUGGAGGCUGAGGCCGAGAAGGUCGGCUGGGAGAAUGUCGGCCUGAUGGGCUUCUCUCAGGGGGGUGUCGUCACCCUCCAUGUUAUGCUCUCGGGCAAAGUGCCCAAGAUCGGUGCCUUCAUCGCCCUCUCGGCCUAUCUCCCGCGCUCGUUUGACGACCACGGCAUCCCCAGCGUCGACGACUCGGUCGCCGCCGACUCGUCGCUCCGCACCCCGCUCUUCCACGGCCACGGCGACUUUGAUAUGGUGGUCAAGUACGAGUGGGGUAAGGCGACCGCCGAUCUGCUCACCUCGCUCAAUCUGCCGCUCACCUUUGAGACCUAUGAGGGCAUGGGCCACUCGCUCUGCGACCUCGAGCUCGUCGACAUCAAGGCCUUUGUCCGCAAGCACCUCAUUCGUGACGACGCCUAGUCACAUCAAAGCCGGGGCGGUCCGUAACGCGACAAAGAGUGUGUGAUAAAUUGCCUGCUUGAGU